AUGUCAUCAUUAUCAUCGAAUACAAAAUAUUAUAAAGAAGCUUAUAAUCUCUUUGAACAAUGUUCAUCAAAUGAUGAUCGUCAUGAUUUAGCAAAUAAAGUUUUUGAAGAAGCAUCAUCAAAAACAACUGAUACAAUUAAAAUAAUAAAAGGAUGUUCACGUGAAUUAGAAAAUUUAUUACCAUAUGUUACAUCUUAUUCAAUUCUAUCAUUAUUUUUUGAACGUUUAACAUCAAAUAAUUUAGAUGAUCUUAUUCGUGAUCGUUCAGCAUGUUUUGUAUUAGAAAAACUGUUUGUUUAUUUACCAAAUGUUUUAUCUCUAGACAAUGAACGUAUACGUAUAGGAUAUGAUCAAUUAUUUGAAUGUAUAUGUGAAAAUUUUCAUGAUUAUAUACAAGAAACUGGUACAAGUCAUAUAAUAGCAUCAACAAUAUCAUUUCUUCAUCCAUUAAUUCGAUCAAAUGAUGAUAAUAAUGAAUAUGAAGAAUUAAUUGAUGGUGGUGAAAGAGAAAAAAAAUUUUUUCAAUUAUCUACAGAAUGGAAUGUAAUGAAAAAAUUAAAAAAAAUAAUAAAAUUAAUGAAAAAAAUUGAAAAUUAUAAUGAAUUUGUAUAUGCAAUAUUACUUCGUACAUGUGGUUAUCUUUCAAAAGAAUAUUAUGAAAAAUUAAUAAAUAGAAUAUAUGAAAAAUAUUAUAAAAAUUUAAAUAUUGAACAUUUAUUAGAUAAACAUUCAUCAUUUAUAUUUGAAGUUAUUUUAGAAUUUUCAUCUAAACAACGUGAUGAUAUUAUUUAUCCAAUGUUUUUAAAUAAUAUUGAUCAAUUUUAUUUACAUUCAAUUGGAAAUUUUUUUUUUAAACAUUUAUUAUUAACAUUAAAUAAUAAAGAAUUAAUUGAAAAAAUUUAUCAAUUAUUAAUUAAUAAAGAUAGAUUUGAAAAAUUUAUUCAACAAACUCAUAUACAUUUAUUAAUUACAUUUAUUCGUAUAUGUGAAAGAUUUCAUUGUCAUUAUGAAGAACUUAUUAAUCGAUUAAAUAAAUUUAUUAAUGAUAAUAUUAAUAAUUUUAUUCCUUGUUUAUUAAAAUUAAGAGCAGAAAAUUCUGAAAGUCAAAUAAUAACAAAAGAAGGUUCACUUGUUGUACAAGCACUUCUUCGAGCUAAAAAAGUUGAUUCAUUAACACAACGAUCAUUUAUUUCAUUAACUGGUGAACAAAUAUCAUCUAUAGCUUGUCAUCCAAGUGGUUCUCAUUUACUUUGUCAAUUAAUUCUUAAAUCAUCUUUAUGGUGUAGUCUUCGAGAAAAAAAUUUCUAUAAUAAACUUGAUAAAUUCUAUACAAAAAUGGCUUGUGAUAAAGCUGCUUGUUGGUUUGUAACACAAUUAUGGAAAAAUGCAAUAACAAUCGAACAAAAACUUCAAAUGGCUAAAAGUAUGUCAAAUGAUUUACAAUUACUUCGUUCACAUACAUAUGCAAGAUUUAUAACAUAUGAAAUGAAUUUAACAGCAUAUUGUACAAGACCAGAACAAUGGAAACGAAGUAUUGAAAUAAUUAUUAAAAAACAUGCUUUACUUGAUGAUUUAGAUGAUGAUGAUAAUAAUAAGAAGAAGAAGAAAAAGAAAAAAAAAUCAUAA